AUUUCCCGUUUCCUUAUAUAUUUGACACGAAUAUAAAUACACCGAGUCCCCUCCUACUUACCUUAAACUUCGAUUUGUCCUCUGUCCCUGUUUCUCUCACACCUGACACCUUCAAAAUUCGUCCGUCAAUAUGAGUAAACAGAGCACAGAGACAAAGAAGAAGGUCAGAAAUGGAUCAUUCCGAUCGAUUUUUAUGCAUGCUGACGGUGCCGACAUGUUUUUGAUGACCCUUGGGUUUUUAGGCGCCGUCGGCGAUGGAAUUUCGAUGCCGACGAUGUUACUUAUCACCAGCAAAAUCAUGAACAAUAUUGGAGAUUCUUCAUCUUCAUCCAUGACUGCGUUCACUGACAAAAUCAACCAGAAUGCAGUGAAUCUUUGUUACAUGGCUAUUGGGAUUUGGGUUUCGUGUUUUCUUGAGGGAUAUUGUUGGGCAAGAACAGCAGAGAGACAAGCAUCAAGAUUAAGGGCGGCUUAUUUGAAAGCAGUUUUAAGGCAAGAAGUGGCGUAUUUCGACUUGAAUGUAACAAGCACAGCAGAGAUCAUUACAAGUGUUUCCAGUGAUAGUCUCGUGAUUCAAGAAGUCAUCAGCGAAAAGGUACCUGUGUUCUUGAUGAACAUGUCAAUUUUUGGAGGGGCGUAUGUUGUGGCGUUUAUAUUACUAUGGAGGCUAGCGAUUGUUGGGCUUCCGUUUAUUAUAAUUUUAGUUAUACCUGGUUUGAUUUACGGAAGGGUUCUUAUGAGUUUGUCGAGAAAGAUCAGGGAGGAGUACAAUAAGGCUGGUACAGUGGCGGAGCAGGCGAUUUCAUCCGUGAGGACUGUUUAUUCUUUUGUGGGUGAAAGCAAGACGAUAACAGAGUACUCUGCUGCUCUUCAAGGUACUGUGAAAUUAGGUUUAAAGCAAGGUUUGGCUAAAGGAAUAGCGAUUGGCAGCAACGGCGUCGUUUUUGCAGUUUGGUCUUUUUUGUCUUGGUAUGGUAGUAGGAUGGUGAUGUACAAUGGAGCUAGCGGAGGAACUGUAUUUGCUGUUGGAGCUGCCAUCGCCAUUGGUGGACUAUCAUUGGGCUCUGGACUGUCGAACGUGAAGUACUUUUCCGAUGCCAUGGCUGCCAGUGAACGUAUAAAGGAAGUUAUUAAAAGAGUCCCGGAGAUCGAUUCAGAUAACAUGGAAGGGGAGAUAUUACAACAAGUCUCUGGGGAAGUCGAAUUCAAGAAUGUGAAGUUUGCGUACCCUUCGAGACCGGAAUCUGUGAUCUUCAAAGACUUCAACUUAAAAGUUCCGGCGGGGAAGACGGUGGCGUUGGUAGGUGGGAGUGGGUCUGGUAAAUCGACUGUAAUUGCAUUGUUGCAGAGGUUUUAUGAUCCUCAAGGAGGAGAGAUUUGUGUAGAUGGGGUGAGUAUUGAUAAGCUUCAAAUAAAAUGGCUAAGAUCACAAAUGGGGUUGGUUAGUCAGGAGCCUGCUUUAUUUGCGACAUCCAUAAAAGAGAACAUACUUUUUGGCAAGGAAGAUGCCUCCAUGGAUGAAGUCAUUGAAGCUGCCAAAGCUUCAAACGCUCAUAACUUCAUCACCCAGUUGCCUCAGACAUAUGACACCCAGGUUGGUGAAAGGGGAGUUCAAAUGUCAGGUGGACAAAAACAAAGAAUCGCAAUUGCGCGUGCAAUAAUCAAGUCCCCACGUAUCCUUCUUUUAGACGAGGCAACAAGUGCACUCGACACUGAAUCAGAACGAGUGGUUCAAGAGGCACUUGAUCAAGCGGCGGUUGGUCGAACCACCAUUGUUAUAGCUCACCGCCUGUCUACAAUCCGAAACGCCGACGUGAUAGUGGUGGUUCAAGAGGGCCGGGUGGUGGAGUCCGGGUCCCAUGAUGAUCUCAUUCAAAUCGAAGAUGGUUUAUACACAUCCCUCAUCCGCCUUCAAGAAACCAAACAAAACGAUGAACAAACCCCUAAUGAUCUUUUCCCACUACCUGGGCCUUCAUCGGUUUCUUCAAGAUUCGAUGUCCACAACACAAGUAGUCGUAGAAGGUCAGUUAACGUGAGCCGGUCAAGCUCAGCAAACUCAGUCAACCAUGGUGGAGGUGAAAACAUUACGAUGCGAGCAGACCAAGAAAUUCCAGUGCCUUCCUUUAAGAGGCUCUUAGCGAUGAACCUUCCUGAAUGGAGGCAAGCUUUGUUCGGAAGUAUUGGCGCGAUUCUGUUUGGUGCAAUUCAGCCAAUUUAUGCUUUUGCAAUGGGGUCGGUGAUAUCGGUGUAUUUCUUGGCUGAUCAUGAUGAGAUCAAGCGCAAAACGGCUAUUUAUUCACUUUGUUUCGCUGGUUUGGCGGUUUUCUCUAUGGUAAUAAACAUCAUUCAGCAUUAUAAUUUUGCAGCCAUGGGUGAGUACUUGACUAAAAGAGUCCGGGAAAGGAUGUUGUCAAAGAUACUCACCUUUGAAAUCGGGUGGUUCGAUCGGGAUGAAAAUUCAAGUGGGGCUAUAUGUUCAAGGCUCGCUAAAGAUGCCAAUGUGGUGAGAUCAUUGGUAGGUGAUCGAUGCGCUCUUCUGAUUCAAACAAUCUCCGCUGUGUUGAUUGCUUGCACAAUGGGAUUGGUGAUUGCAUGGAGAUUGGCAUUGGUUAUGAUUGCGGUUCAGCCAUUGAUUAUCGUAUGCUUUUAUUGCAAACGAGUUUUAUUAAAGAACAUGUCACAUAAAGCCAUGAAAUCACAAGAAGAGAGCAGCAAGCUCGCAGCCGAAGCUGUCUCAAAUCUACGUACAGUCACUGCCUUUUCAUCUCAAGCACGAAUCCUCAAAAUGCUCGAAGAGACGCAAAAAGCACCAAUGCGUGAAAGCAUCCGGCAAGCUUGGUAUGCUGGAUUCGGGCUUGGGUUUUCUCAAAGCCUUAUGGCUUGUACUUGGGCUCUAGACUUUUGGUAUGGUGGGAAGUUGAUUAGCGAUGGUCAUCUUGGUUCAAAAGCACUUUUCCAAACAUUUAUGAUAUUAGUAAGCACCGGCAGGGUGAUUGCGGAUGCUGGAACCAUGACAAAUGAUUUAGCCAAAGGGUCUGAUGCGGUGCAAUCUGUAUUCGCGGUAUUGGACCGUUACACCCUCAUUGAGCCCGAGGACGCUGAUGGUAAAAAGCCUGAGAUCAUUAAAGGUCACGUAGAGAUACGCGAUGUUGACUUCGCGUACCCUGCGCGGCCUGACGUCAUGAUCUUUAAAGGAUUCUCAAUCGAUAUUGAAGCUGGGAAAUCAACUGCAUUGGUGGGACAAAGUGGGUCUGGGAAAUCAACCAUUAUCGGGCUCAUCGAACGUUUUUACGACCCAAUGAAAGGAGUUGUGAAAAUUGAUGGAAGAGAUAUAAGGUCGUACCAUUUAAGAACUUUGAGGAAAUAUAUCGCACUUGUGAGCCAAGAACCCGCGUUAUUCGCCGGUACCAUACGUGAAAACAUCAUCUACGGGGCUUCUGGGGAAGUUAGUGAAUCAGAGAUCAUUGAGGCUGCUAAAGCAGCCAAUGCUCAUGAUUUCAUUUCAGUUUUGAAAGAUGGGUAUGACACGUGGUGCGGUGACCGAGGGAUACAACUCUCUGGAGGACAAAAACAACGCGUUGCUAUAGCCCGCGCAAUAUUAAAAAACCCAGCGGUUUUGUUACUAGACGAAGCUACAAGUGCAUUAGAUAGUCAAUCAGAGAAAGUAGUACAAGAUGCAUUGGAGAGAAUGAUGGUGGGGAGGACUAAUGUGGUGGUGGCCCACCGUUUGAGUACCAUACAAAGUUGCAACACGAUCGCGGUUUUGGAGAAAGGGAAGGUGGUCGAGAAAGGUAAUCAUAGUUCGUUGUUAGCGAAAGGGCCGACCGGAGCUUACUACUCGUUAGUUAGUCUUCAAAAGCCUAAUUCUGCUCAACAUUAUGAUUAACUAAAACUUGGUGGAAAAUUGGAGGGGUUUUACAUAGAAGAUUGCAAGUGUUGAAGUGUAAAACGAUUUUUACACAUUAUAUGUAUGCAUCUGAGGAUGAUGGUAUAUAGGUUUUGUUCAGCAUAUCAUUUUCUAACAGGAAACUGAUUCUGAAAUAGUUGAUAUAUACGAUAUAAUUGUAACCAGUAAGUACAUUAAAUAAUCAAAGUUAUAUAGCGUACACAAGAUGUUUUCGAAAGAAAUUAAAUCUGUUAAAGAAAUUGGAAUUUGUUAAACAUUUUGGUG